ACUGCGAUAAUCAAUAUUCACUCUGUAUUGGUACAGUUCGUUGUACGAACGUAUCAGCCAGUUUAUUAAGUGAGAACGAUAUGAAUUUUCUCGAAAGCGACGUAUCUGUCAGCUUGACGUCAAUUUUUAUGAAAUUCGUGGGAUUAUGGAUGGCGGCCAACGAAUACGAACAACGGAUAAGAAACAUCAUGGUUAGUUACAACGUGUUCGCUAUUCUUUUCGCUCUAUGGAUACAAACUAUGGAUAUAUAUAACUCGUGGGGAAAUAUUAGAGCGUGUCUCUUCUCUACCUCCAAUACGCUGUCGUUAAUUCUACCCCUGUUGAAGAUAUUCAUUCUGCUUAUUCACAAAGAAGAUUUUUUCCGUUUGAUUCUGUACAUGAAAAGGAAUUUUCUGGAAUUACAAAAUUACGACGACUACGAGAGAAAAGUCGUGAUCGAUUGCAAGCGGAAAUGCACCUUCUUCAUUUGUUUCUUUACGUUUCUUACAAUGGCGACUACUGCUUCUUACAUCAUUACUCCAAUCAUUGGAAAUAUUGGAAAAAACGAGUCGGACAGAGUGCUCCCAUUCAACAUGUGGAUUAAUUUACCACUAAAUAUGACUCCAUAUUUUGAAAUUACGUUCGUUUUACAGGUUUUGUCCCUAUAUCAAAUUGGGGUGAGUUACUUCUGUUUUGAUAACUUUUUGUGCAUUAUGAAUUUGCACGUGGCUGGACAAUUUAAAGUGUUGCAAUAUAGAAUUUCCAACAUAGCAGAUUUGAUAAUUAAAAUGGAAGAGAAAAAGGAAAAGUUAAUUAUAGAAUCGAUGUAUUAUUCAAAUAAAUGUUACAGCAUUUUUAAAAAGUAUAUUCGCCAACAUCAAGCUCUUAUAGCGUAUUGCAGAAAAAUUGAAGUGGUAUUCAAUUGGAUUGCACUAGAGCAAGUUUUGAUGUUCAGCUUGCUAAUUUGCCUCGAUGGAUAUCAAAUACUCAUGGCAAAUGGAGAUAUCAAAACACGUGCAAUCUUCAGUUGCCAUAUAUUAUCAUGCCUAUGUCAAUUACUGAUGUUCAGCUACAGCUGUGAUUGCAUUAUACGAGAAAGCGUGAGUGUAGCUACAGCAGCAUACGCAGGAUCUUGGACGUUACUACCAAUGACUAUAAGCGGAAUGAUGAUGCGAAGAGAUUUGGUAGUAGUCAUUAUGAGGGCCAGCAUACCUUGUUACUUGACAGGAAAAGGAUACUUCAUCGUGUCUCUCGAAACAUAUACCAGUGUUUUGAGUACCGCAGCAUCGUAUUUUACAUUGUUACGAAACAAUAUAGAAAGUGGGAACGAAACAUAAUUAAUAAUACAAAUUUUCAAUCAAAUAAUCGAAUAAAAAAUCUAUUAGUUAAAAUUAUAUGAUUAUUGUUG